AUUUUGGAACCACCCAUCUUCCUCACCGAGGGACUUGGGUCAGCAUACAAUAUAAUUCCAAAACAUAAAACUAGUAUAUAAAAGUUAAAAAUUCUAAAAAGAGCAAGAAUAAUUAAUAAAAAUUAAUUAAAGGGUGAAGGGAAGGAUUUCAGGGUGCUUACAGCCCCAUGGCCCCAUGCUCCUCUGUUCUCCCCAUGGAAGGCUGCAGAGCCAUGUUUUCACCCCUUUCUGGAAGACCAGGACAGUGGGGGCCUGGCUCACCUCUAGGGGGAGAACUGGGCAGGAGCAACAGCAAAUUAUUAUUUCUUAUUCCACCAGAUUUGAUAUCUUGGGUCUAGAAAACUUGGAACUUCGUCGCCUUCGACUGGAUCUGGGUUUAGCAUAUAAAAUCAUCCGUUGUAAUUCCUUCCUGUCAAUGACUUUUUUAGUUUCAAUAACAAUAUCACAAGAGCUACAAACAGAUUCAAACUCAAUGUCAACCGUUCCAGUUUAGAUUGCAGAAAACACGAUUUCUGUAACAGAAUUGUAUAUACUUGGAAUGCAUUACCUGACUCUGUGGUUUCUUCUCAUAACCCCAAAGGUUUCACUCAAAAACUGCCCACGGUUGACCUCACCACUUUCCUAAGAGGACUCUAAAGGGGCGUGCAUAAGAGCACAAACGUGCCUACCGUUCCUGUCCUACUGUUUCUUUCCCUAUGUAUAUAUACGUUUUUAGUACCUCAUUUCUCCUCAUAUAUACGUUCAUAUAUUUAUAACCCUUUAUGCAACGCUUGUAUAUAUUGUUAUGACAAAUAAAUAAAUAAAUAAAAUAAAUAAAUAAACAAAUAAGACUCUCUUUCUGGUCUAAGAUCUUUAACUGAUAGGGUCCUCAAUAUACCUUCCCUGUCUGACCAGGAGGGAAGGACUGAUGUAAUGGACAAAGGUCGCCUGACCCUGUGUCAUGUAGAGCUUUAAAUUUCUGAAAAACAUGUUUCUGUUGUUGUUUAGAUCCCUAUGUGAAAAUUCAUCUGAUGCAGAAUGGGAAACGGUUGAAGAAGAAGAAGACAACAAUUAAGAAGAACACUCUGAAUCCUUAUUACAAUGAAUCAUUCAGCUUUGAAGUACCAUUUGAGCAAAUCCAGAAAGUGCAAGUUGUUGUGACUGUUUUGGACUAUGACAAGAUUGGCAAGAAUGAUGCCAUUGGCAAAGUCUUUGUGGGCUACAACAGCACUGGCGCGGAGCUGCGACAUUGGUCAGACAUGUUGGCCAACCCAAGACGACCCAUUGCACAGUGGCAUACCUUACAGCCAGAGGAAGAAGUAGAUGCCAUGCUUGCCGUUAAGAAGUAGGAAAAAAGUGAAAUGUGAAAAGAAGGCCUUUCUGCAUUUGCCCAUAUAGUGCUCUUUAGCCAGUAUCUGUAAAUACCUCAGUAAUAUGGGUUCUUUUAUUUCCAGCCAUGCAUCCCCAACACAGAUCGGUGGUACUUCUACUCUUGUUUUAAUUUGCACAACUUUAAUGUAGAAACAGCCCUAUAAGGCACUCCAUCUCACCACUGCCCUCAGAUCUACUCUUCUUUUAAGCAAUAUGUGUAGAUAGAGCAUGACAGAAAUUAUUUAUUGUAUCACACAGUUGUACAUACCAGUAUCUAAAAAUUUAUUUCUAGUCUGUUUAUUUGUUUGUCGUAAACGUUUCCUAAUCUGUGUAUAUCUAGAUGUUUUUAAUAAGAUGUUAUAUUUUAAAUUAUGUAAAUUGACUGAGAUAUAGGAGAGCUGAUAAUUAUAUUAUAGGGUAACUAUUGUCUGCAUUCCAGCAAAAAUUCCAACUUGUAAGGCACUAGUAGUGUUACACUGACAUCUUAAAGGACAACUUAAAUCUGAGCUUUCAACUGAACCAUUACAAUAUCAAGAUAUGCUCUUGAAGGAAUGAAUACACUGGUAGACUUUUCUCGUGGGCAAUUUUGCAUGAUCUGAGCAGGACUGACUUCUAGGAAGCAUAGCAGAAGCUGAUAGAUCACUUUUUUUCCUCUUUCUCUUUCUGUAUAUAUAUAUGUGUGUGUAUGUGUGUGUAUAAACAAACUGAAAUCAUGGCUUUACACUUAGAAAUGAAGGUACAGAUACAUCAAGGGAGGGAGGUGGGAGCAUGAAAUAUUACACAUAGCAACAUAUAAACUAUGUGUGGGAAUCAUUUCAGGGUUAUGUAGCAGCCGACGCCACAGCCGCCCUGCUACUACCCGUGGCAAACAUAUAUACUUGAAGACAAGUAGCUCUCCUUUAUCACCUUUAUACGAAUUUGCAUACUGUGAAUCCCAUUUGUGCUCUCACAUUCUCUAAUUCUAAUGAGUUUGCACAUUAGACUUUGUAACAAAAUAUUUUAUUAUACUAAGCCAGAUGAGAAGGAAUGCAGAAUAUUUUUUAAAGCAAAACAAAAAAAAAUCACAGCCGUGUGUGUUUAUUAUACAAAAGUAGUUUCAUGGUGACGAGACAGUAUUGUACAAUCCCAUCAAAAGAGGACAAAAAAUUAGCCAUAUUUCUGAAUGCACUUCAAAGCAAGCCAAAAGAUAACAGCUAGUGACCUUUUAUAUACUAUUUAUACUAAUAAGUUUUAAUUUGUCCUUUAAAAAAAGUGAAACAAAACAAAGAACAAGUUCUAGCAAACUGAAGCAACCUCUUAUGUACACUAGAUGCUCGUUUCAGGAGGAGUUUUUAAAUGUUUUCAAUGUUACUAUGUAGUAAAUGGCACUAUUAUGAAGCUAUUAGUCAUUCCAUAAGCGUCUUAAAAGACUGCUCUGUGUAUCACUGUGACUGCCGUGUGUGCUUAGAAACUGUAGUUCUCUCAGUGGAUAGCAAUCAAUUUAUUCUGUCGUGAUAUUGUAAAAAUACUGCCAUUCCCUUCUACUGCACUGCCGAAGGAUUGCAUAGCACAAGAUGUUCUUAUAGCUAUGGACCAAUUCAGAACUGAAGAGCUAUGCACAGGACAAGGCAUCAUUUAGAACGGACUGACGACACAGCAUUUUGUCAACACUGUGCAAUAUUCCACAUCUCUCCCCAGG